UUUCCAGUCCCGGAGCCGCGCGGUGCGGGCGGAUCGCGGGUGGACCAUGCGGGCCCCGCUGCUUCUGGCCCCGCUGGGCUGGCUGCUCCUGGUCCACGCCAAGGACGGCGCCAAGCCCGAGGACCAGCCCAGGAGAGAAACUGCAGCUGCCCAUGAUGAAGCCCAGACCGAUAACCUUUUAGUCCUCACGGUGGCUACCAAGGAGACCGAGGGGUUCCGUCGCUUCAAGCGCUCAGCCCAGUUCUUUAACUACAAGAUCCAGGCGCUGGGCCUGGGGGAGGACUGGCAUGUGGAAAAGACGUCGGCAGGUGGCGGGCAGAAGGUUCGGCUGCUACAGAAAGCUCUGGAGAAACUUGCGGACAAGAAGGACCUGGUCAUUCUCUUCACAGAUAGCUAUGACGUGGUGUUUGCCUCUGGGCCUCGGGAGCUCCUGAAAAAGUUCCGGCAGGCCAAGAGCCAGGUGGUCUUCUCUGCUGAGGAGCUCAUCUACCCAGAUCGCAGGCUGGAGGUCAAGUACCCAGUGGCCCCUGAGGGCAAGAGGUUCCUGGGCUCUGGAGGCUUCAUUGGUUAUGCCCCCAACCUCAGCAAAAUGGUAGCUGAAUGGGACGGCAAGGACAGCGACAGUGACCAGCUCUUCUACACCAAGAUCUUCCUGGACCCAGAGAAGAGGGAGCAGAUCAAUAUCACCCUGGACCACCGCUGCCGAAUCUUCCAGAACCUGGAUGGAGCCUUGGAUGAAGUGGUACUCAAGUUUGAAAUGGGCCACGUGAGAGCACGGAACCUGGCCUACGACACCCUCCCCGUCCUGAUCCACGGCAAUGGGCCCACCAAGCUGCAGCUGAACUACCUCGGCAACUACAUCCCGCGCUUCUGGACCUUUGAGACGGGCUGCACCGUGUGUGAGGAGGGCCUGCGCAGCCUCAAAGGCAUUGGGGAUGAAGCCCUGCCCGUGGUCCUGGUUGGUGUGUUCAUUGAGCAGCCCACUCCGUUCCUGUCCCUGUUUUUCCAGCGGCUCCUGCGCCUCCACUACCCCCGGAAACGGAUGCGGCUUUUCAUUCACAACCACGAGCAGCACCACAGGGCCCAGGUGGAGCAGUUCCUGGCAGAGCACGGGGGCGAGUACCAGUCUGUGAAGCUGGCGGGCCCCGAGCUGCGGAUGGCCAAUGUGGACGCCAGGAACAUGGGCGCAGACCUCUGCCGCCAGGACCAGACCUGCACCUACUACUUCAGCCUGGAUGCCCAUGUGGCCCUGACUGAGGCCGACAGCCUGAGGCUGCUGAUUGAGCAGAACAAGAAUGUCAUUGCUCCACUCAUGACCCGCCAUGGGAGACUCUGGUCCAACUUCUGGGGGGCCCUGAGUGCGGAUGGCUACUACGCCCGCUCUGAAGACUACGUGGACAUCGUGCAGGGCCGAAGAGUCGGUGUAUGGAAUGUGCCCUACAUCUCCAACGUCUACCUGAUCAAGGGCAGUGCCCUGCGGGCCGAGCUGCAGCACACGGACCUGUUCCACCACGGCAAGCUGGAUGCCGACAUGGCCUUCUGUGCCAACAUCCGGCAGCAGGAAGUGUUCAUGUUCCUGACCAACCGGCACCCCUUCGGCCACCUGCUCUCCCUGGAUAACUACCAGACCACCCAUCUCCACAGUGAUCUCUGGGAGGUGUUCAGCAACCCCGAGGACUGGAAGGAAAAAUACAUCCAUGAGAAUUACACCAAGGCCCUGGAGGGGAAGCUGGUGGAGACGCCCUGCCCCGAUGUCUACUGGUUCCCCAUCUUCACGGAGGCGGCCUGUGACGAGCUGGUGGAGGAGAUGGAGCACUAUGGCCAGUGGUCCCUGGGUGACAACAAGGACAACCGGAUCCAGGGUGGCUAUGAAAACGUGCCCACCAUCGACAUCCACAUGAAUCAGAUCCACUUCGAGCGGGAGUGGCACAAGUUCCUGGUGGAGUACAUUGCCCCCCUGACGGAGAAGCUCUACCCUGGGUACUACACCAGGGCCCAGUUCGACUUGGCCUUUGUUGUCCGAUACAAGCCUGACGAGCAGCCCUCUCUGAUGCCCCACCAUGACGCCUCCACCUUCACCAUCAACAUUGCCCUGAACCGGGUCGGGGAGGACUAUGAGGGUGGCGGCUGUCGCUUCCUGCGUUACAACUGCUCCAUCCGAGCCCCGCGGAAGGGAUGGGCCCUCAUGCACCCAGGACGGCUCACUCACUACCACGAGGGGCUCCCCACCACCCGGGGUACCCGCUACAUCGCCGUGUCCUUUGUCGAUCCCUAACUGGCAGGCUUGCUCCCUCCAGCCUUUCUGGUGCAGAUGAUCACUGCCUAGCAGCCGCUAGGCCCUCGGGGUCCCAGGAAUCUUGGUCCAGCCUCCAGUUUCUUGACUGACUGUUGCUUUCAGAACUGCCAGAUGGAAGGAUUUGACACUGGCCAGAGCCGGAGCCCCCCCUCUGAGGCUGGGAGCUUUUCUGUGGUUUCCUGCCCAGCUUUGGGAGACCCAUCACCUUGAUCCUCCCCAACCGUCUUCCUGGAACACAUACUUCACUUCCUCUGACUCUCCCCUGGGGAGAGGCUCGAGCAGACAGCUCCCAGAGCCCUCCAGAGAGACUCCACAGGCAGAAGCCGUAGGCAGGACUUCCUGCCACCCCAUUGGAUUCCACUUCCGGCUUCCACAGAGACCUGUAUCCCAUGCAAAGUCUAGCCUCCUCUGAGCCCAGGACCACAGAAUCCCGUCACGAGAGCACACUUGUCUCCUGGAGACAGUGGCUCAGACUUCCUCCCAGGGGACAGAAGAAGCGUCUGUGUCUGUCCCCGCUGCACUGGGUGACCCCGUCCCCCUGCCUCCGGAGGAGGGACAGAGACAGCAGAGGUCUAUUAAAGGUUGUUGAAACCACUGA